AUCUUGUACUUCAGCUGGGAAUAAAUUACCUCACCCUCUGCUCUCUCCUCUGCAGUUGAUUGCCCCCUUUCAUGACUGUUUGACCCUUUCUUUAUCUAGUGGCCUCUUAGCAAUGGUUUCUAAAACGCCAUAGGUCUUGGGCACCUCGAUUUUUGCCCUGGCUCUCCCAAGACCCUCCUUCCUACAAGCAUGAGUUUGGCCCAUACUACCGUGCUCCUGUGGGCCUGGGGCAGUCUCCAGGCCUUUGAAAUUGUGGAGAAGGAGAACAUUUUUCAAAGUACACCUUGCCCUGCUUUUCUGGUGUUUGAUAAUGCUGCCUACCUGGCUGACAUGAGCUUUGAGCUCCCUUGUCACUGCAAACCUGAGGAUGUUUCUGCUGUGGUCUGGUAUUACCAAAAGCAGCUGGGGAGCAGCCAUACCACAGUGCUUACAGACUUCGAUGGGCGGUUGCUUACGGAGGAUGCUGGCCACAUUCGAGUAGGCAGCAGUAUGCUGGUGCGCUUCAGCAUCCGCAUGUUCAGCCUGUUGGUUUUCCGGGCCCAGCCAGAGGACACAGGCCUAUAUUUUUGUGGCUCCCGCAACGGGGACUAUUUUUAUGCCUAUGAUGUGGAUAUCCAAAGCAAUAAAGAAAUAGUGGCCAGUUUCAAGGACAUGGGCCAGGAGCCAUUGCCAGAUGAGUACUACGGGGACCUCCAUGUCUUUACUACCUUCUGGGAGUGGACCCCCUGUGACCGCUGUGGGAUACGUGGGGAACAGUGGCGCUUUGGACUCUGCUACUUGCAGAGUCCUGACCUCUCGCCUCGAUAUAUUAACACUCUGCCCAAUAUGGUGUCCUGUGGCUCUCAGGCUGUGCCAUGGAAACUGCAAGUCAAGACCAAGUAUCACACACCUGAGCUGCUGAUUCAGAGCUGCCUAGUGUCCUGUAAGAAUGAGAAGAAGACCCAGGGUAUACUGGCAAUCUACAACUAUGUGUCCAAACUCGGCGACCGGCCCUGGCUGCCUCAGGUUCCCAUUCAAUUCCAUCAGCAGAGACUAGGUCACGCCCUCAUCAUCUCCUGUCCCGGGGCCCGACCAGAGCAUGCUGUGGCCUGGGACAAGGACAAUCAGCCUCUCUACCGAGCCCAGUACCUAAUAGGUGUGAACAGAUCCAUGAGAGUUUUCAUUGACCACGGCAACCAUCUCCACAUCCGAUUCACCCAGCUGAGUGACCGGGGCACCUAUUACUGCUGGCGGCAAGGGUUGAAAAUCGCUGGCUUCCGGUUGGGCAUAGUAUCUCGAGGGCGCUACCCAGCUUCACUCUCAGACCCAGAGACUCGCACAGCUCUGGAGCUCACCCUGUUAAGCUAUCUGCUCAUCAUCAUAGUCUUCAUCAUCCUUCACCUCUGUCGUUGCUGUUGCCAAUCUCGCUGUUGUCCCAAUUUCUCCGCCCAAACCCUUCUCCGGUUGUGAUGUCCAGUCGUGUUACAAUAUGUUUGUUAAAUGAUA